AUGAGAAGGUUACAAAUAAUUUUUGCAAUAUGUUACUUUUUAAUUUUCUGUUGUUUAAUAAAACCGAGAACGGUUAGCGUAUUUUGUGAAAUUAUAAGUAAUGAGGAAGAUGUAUACGCGAGUACAUUAAAAGGACAAGAUUUCAGCGAAGAAUUUAUAGGCCUAUUUGACAACAAGGAUGUUCGUGCAACGAUAGAAAAGUUUAUUUUGGAGGAACAUGUAAAAUACUACAUUAGCAAUGUGAGGAAAAGUGAACAGAAUAUAAUUAAAAAUAUUGAGAAAUUAUUGGUGAGAGAAUUUCCAUCCACCAUUGGACUUAAGGAAGAGAUUGUAAAAAAUGAGCUGCUAAAAUUUUUAAGCAUUAUAUUUACAAAGCAGGAAGAUGUUGUGAAGAAAAUUUUAGAUCAGUUUAAUAAAAACCACUUCAACAUUGGUGAUAAUUAUCGUUAUCUUGAAGACAUGUUUUGGGCCGAACAUGAAAAUAUUGAAAAUUUGAAAAAAAAAUAUUCUUCCAUUUUUAGUGAAGUAAAUGAAUCGCUGGAUAGUACUAAGACGAGUGAAGAUAAAAAAAGCAGUGUGUACUUUAUCGAUGUGAAGGAUAAAAUACUUUCCAAAGUAGAGGCCCUUAAGAACAUUUUGACAGAUCUAAGAGCCGAAGUUGUUACUCUGUAUAAUAUAAACUAUGCAUUGAAUGAGUUGAAAAAUGACGUAGAUGAGGAUAUUGCAAAAUUUCAAAGAGAGCUGCAGGGUGAGGGUAGCACCCCUGCCACUGAAGAUGCUGCAAUUACGAAAGAGAUUGAUAUGAACAUGCUAAACCUGGUAGAAGAUGUGGCGUCCAAAAUGAUAUUCAACUUGCGGACCAAAAUUUCCAGCACGAGAGAUGAACUUCAAAAAGGAUUGAUCACUCUGGAGAAGGAACUGAUUGAUGUGUCCAAUGAAAUCACCCGGUUGGACAUUCAGCAGAAUGUGCCUAAACUCUCCAUCGUGAAGAACAACAACUUCCUCAACAUUGAAAGUAUUAGGAGUGAGUAUGAGGAGUACGUGAGUAAAAUGAAAACCGGUGGUGACGCUGUGGUAGGCGUGGAAGACGUGAAUGGUACCACUGGUGAGAACGACGUUGAUGGAGAGAGUGACGGGCCUGUCUUCGAGAAAACCCUAAAGCUGCUGGAAAAGCACUCCUCCUGGGUGAAGGAGCAGGACGCCUUUACCUACUGUGAGAGGGACGACAUCGCAGAGGUUCUAAAGAUCUGCCUCAACCUAGUGGAGAAGCUUAGAGAUUUAGUUAUACAUGAAAAUUUUAAUUUACUAAUGAAAUAUGAGAAGCUAUACAAGGAGCUGAAUAAGUUUCUGUACGAUUCGAGGAGCAGCACCGUAGACAUGUCAUACAUGAAGGCAUGGUACUCCAUCGAGAAUUUCAAAGGAACGGAAAUCCUCAUCAACGGAGUCGACCGGUUACUGAGAAUGAUUGAUAUAUUCACACAGAUGAUUACACUUUUUAAGGAAGCGAAUAAGAAUAUGAACUCAGAUGUAUUUUUUAAACUGAACAGAUUAAAUGAUGGGUUCAACAAUGCAGCAGAGAAGGUGAUUUUAUUUAAGAUGGAGCUAUCCAAACUAAUGCACCCUGCACAUGACCUACAAGUUAUAAAAAAUAAUAUUGAAAAGUUUGGACAUGUGUAUAAGGAUAACCUUGCGAAGAUGAAGGUGGUCACAAAUUCGUUUGACAUUGCCUCUGGAAACAUGCAAACAGAAAUUGAUGAAAUUUUAAAAAUUGUGAGUAACAUGAUUCAGGCAGAUAAUUUAAUUAGCGAAUUUAAAACGAUUAGAAGCGUAUGGAAGGGACACAUUAAACGGACUUUGAAGGAACUGAAUGAGAAAAACGGUCUUCUGCUUAGUGCAUAUAGAGCAAACAAAAGUGUGGUUUUCCCCCCUGGGCUGGACCAUUCCAAGGGGAACGUCUCUCACAGUGGAGGGCAGAAGAACGCGGUGACAGGCGUUCUGAGCGGCGUACUAAACGGCACACUGAGCAACCUACUGAGCGGUGCGGGUAAGCGUAAUGGGAAUUCCAUUAGCAAGAGCACCUUGGAGUCGCCCUACUUUAUGAACAUGUACAAAGGGGUGAUGAACAAAUUUGACACAGUGAAAGACGAAGAAGAAAUGAGAAAGGUCUUCUCUGUUAUAUACAGAUCGGCGGACAUUAUUAUACAAAUAAUUAAAGACAACAGGAAGCCGAUGGAGCAAGAAUACAACAAGAAAAGGGAGGACAUUAUAAAUUUGGUUAAUUAUAGGAGAGACUUGAGAGAUGACAUGACAAAUGUUUAUAACAAAUUGAUCGAACUGGAGGGGGACUUGGUUAGAAAUUUACAAAAAUUAUUUUUAAAUAAAGUGAAUUUGAAUAAACAGCUGGAACAUUCUGUGGAGGUGACCAAAGCGGAGCUCUUCAAGGACAAGGUACCUCCCUACUGCAAGUUGGUGGAACAAUUCAUUCCGAAAUAUUUCGUGACCAUGGUCAGGUGGAAAAAGCUUAUAAACAAAAACAAGGGUUUAUUCCCCCCGAGUUGA